AUGACCAAAACCCUGGGCUACCUGGAGCUGGGCACUUCGGGGCUCCUGAAGACCCUCCCAUCCGGCGCCUUGAAGCCUCCGCCCCUGCCCCCGGCCCGGCUGUUCUCCGGGGAGCCCUCGAAGGCCAAGGCCGGCGCCCUGAGCCCCUGGGCCUGGCCUAGGAACCAGACGGGCGCCGAGCCCCCGGGCCAGUGGGUCCAGCGCAAGCCCUCGCUCAAGACAGGCCGGGCCCGGAAGAUCUUCGGCUGGGGCGACUUCUACUUCAACAUCAAGACGCUCAAGUUCAGCCUGCUGGUGACGGGCAAGAUCGUGGACCACGUCAACGGCACCUUCAGCGUCUACUUCCGGCACAACUCCUCCAGCCUGGGCAACGUCUCCGUCAGCAUCGUGCCCCCGGGCAAGGUGGUGGAGUUCGACGUGCUGAGGCCCCCGCCGGCCUCCGAGCUCCCGCAGGCCACCCUACCCGAGGCCAAGGAGUCCAGGGCCUUCAACUGCCACGUGGAGUACGAGAAGACCAACCGGGCCCGGAAGAACAAGCCCUGCCUCUACGACCCGGCCAAGGUGUGCUUCACCGAGCACACGCAGAGCCACGCCGCCUGGCUGUGCGCCAAGCCCUUCAAAGUCAUCUGCAUCUUCGUCUCCUUCUGCAGCUUUGACUACAAGCUGGUGCAGAAGGUCUGCCCCGAUUACAACUUCCAGCACGAUCGCCCCUACUUCGGCUGA